UCUUUGGGGACAUAUUCAUUGCGCACAUUUUAGUCACGCAGAGCGCAUCAAAGGGUAUGAAAUGGCAUGUCCUUUUAUGGAUGAUCCUGUUGACGAAGAGGCAGUAUUACUUCGUAGGGAGUUACAUUUACGUCGGGAGAGGAUUUUGAGGCCCAGAGUGGAUUUUUUGUCAUAUCCCUAUUCGUUUUUAUUUGAGCGUUACCGUUUUUCGUUACAGUCAAUAAGGUACAUCCAUAAUCUCAUCCAUCCUUACAUCAGAAACAUCAACCAUCGCGGCCGUGCUCUUACACCCGAGCAGAUUCUUUGCGUUGCCUUACGUUUCUUUGCGAAUGGAAGUUUUCUUUAUAACAUCGGGGAUGCAGAACAUAUUAGUAAGGCUACUGUUUGGAGAGCAGUAAGGAAAGUGUGCCUCGCUCUUAAGCGCUUUCUGAGAAUUUUUGUAUUGUUUCCUGGGCACAAACCAGUGAGAGUCAUCAAAGAGGAGUUUCACAGGAUUGCAGGAUUUCCAAAUGUGGUUGGAUGCAUUGAUGGCACACAUAUUCCGAUUAUUGCACCUUCUGAAAAUGAAGCAGACUAUGUGAACAGGACAUCCAUCCACAGUAUUAAUGUGCAGAUCAUAUGUGAUGCUGCACAUAUAAUCACAAAUGUGGAGGCCAAGUGGCCCGGCUCUGUUCAUGACUUAAGAAUCUAUCGGGAGUCAACCCUGAACAACAGACUGGAAAGGGGAGAGAUUGAUGGCUUUCUGCUGGGAGAUAGGGGUUACCCAUGCCGACCAAAUCUUAUGACCCCUUACCCAGAACCUGAACCAGGCCCACAGCAGCGCUUCAAUGUGGCACACUGCAGGACAAGAGCCCGGGUGGAGAUGACCAUAGGCCUGUUGAAAGCACGUUUCCAGUGCCUACGUCACCUCAGGGUAACCCCUGAAAGGGCCUGCGACAUUAUUGUGGCAUGUGUUGUUCUCCAUAAUAUUGCCAUAAUUAGAGGGGAGCAACACCCUGCCCUACAAUUACAAGACCCUGAGGAAGACCCCAUCAACCCUGCAGAUUUCCAGGAUGGAAGGGUAGUCUGGGAUAUGAUAUGCUGCAAUGUCUUCUCAGAUUAA